AAAAAAAAAAAAAAUAGACAUCAACUGCUUCUAUUUAAAGCUGGUCUUUUAUUUUUUUUCCUCACGGUAUCAUUCACCAACUCUAACCUCCCUUUUCUCUCUCCUUUUCUUGGGCCGAUUAAGGAACUACGUCAUUUCGUAUUUUACUGGCCUGAUUUGGUCUGAGAGCCUAGUGUCGUUGUCGUUGUCGUUGGCCUUGCCAUUGCCGUUGCCGUUGGCGUUGGUAUUGGUGGUUGGGUUUGUCGGCUUCUUCCAUUUGGGAUACAAAAAUGGCUUCGGGCAUUCCUGAGGUCGACCUGGUCACCCGAGUCCAGGUCGACAACUCCGUCGUUGGCCAAACCGAGAUCGACGAGUCCCUUUACAGCCGACAGCUUUAUGUUCUGGGUCACGAGGCUAUGAAGCGUAUGGGCGCAUCUAACGUGCUAGUCGUCGGUUUGAAAGGCCUUGGUGUCGAGAUCUCCAAGAACAUAGCUCUUGCUGGUGUAAAGAGUUUAACUCUCUAUGACCCUGCGCCUGUUGCUAUCGCCGAUCUAUCCUCUCAGUUCUUCCUCCGCCCAGAUGACAUUGGAAAGCCACGUGAUGCUGCCACUGCUCCUCGUGUUGCCGAAUUAAAUGCUUACACACCCGUUGGCAUUCAUGAAUCCUCUAAUCUGGGCGAGAACUUCUCCCAAUUCGAUAAGUACCAAGUUGUCGUCUUAACCAACACCCCUCUCCACCUUCAGUUAGCCAUCGGUGAUUACUGCCACUCCAAGGGAAUUUACUUCGUAGCUGCCGAUACCUUUGGACUGUUCGGUUCCAUCUUCUGCGACUUCGGUGACAAAUUCACCUGUCUCGACGCGACCGGCGAGAAUCCUGUCAACGGAAUAGUGGCUGGUAUCGAUGAGGAAGGUCUAGUUUCCGCAUUGGAUGAAACUCGUCACGGCUUAGAGGACGGUGACUACGUCACAUUCUCCGAAAUCAAGGGUAUGGAGGCUCUGAACGGUGGCGAGCCCAGAAAAGUUACGGUUAAGGGUCCGUAUACCUUUUCUAUUGGUAAUGUCUCCGGACUUGGUCAGUAUGAGAGCGGAGGUCUGUUCCAGCAGGUCAAGAUGCCCAAGUUCCUCGAGUUUAAGACAAUCUCUAAGGCUAUCCGCGAUCCUGAGUUUGUCAUCUCCGACUUCGCCAAGUUCGACAGACCCCAACAGCUUCACGUCGGAUUUGAGGCGCUCCAUGCUUUUGUCCAAUCCCAGGGUCGCCUACCGCGGCCCAUGAACGAGGAGGACGCUACUGUUCUCGUCGCAUCGGUCAAGGCCUUCAUUGAAAAGGAGAAGCUGGAAGUCGAAAUCGAUGAGAAGCUUAUCAAGGAACUUAGUUACCAGGCUCAAGGAGACCUUAACCCUAUGGCCGCUUUGUUUGGUGGUCUCACCGCGCAGGAGGUUCUGAAGGCUGUCUCUGGCAAGUUUCACCCCAUCAAGCAGUGGUUCUACUUUGAUUCGCUAGAAUCUCUUCCUACUAGCAGUGCCCGAACCGAGGAGCUCUGCAAACCAAUCGGAUCUCGAUACGAUGGUCAAAUCGCGGUCUUCGGCAAGGAAUUCCAGGACAAGGUUGCAAAUGUUAAGCAAUUCCUUGUCGGUGCAGGCGCGAUCGGCUGUGAGAUGCUCAAGAACUGGGCCAUGAUCGGUCUGGGUGUAGGGCCUAACGGCAAGAUUAUCGUUACCGACAUGGACUCGAUCGAGAAGAGCAAUCUGAACCGUCAAUUCCUCUUCCGACCUAAGGAUGUUGGUCAGAUGAAGAGUGACUGUGCUGCUAAGGCCGUGCAAGCCAUGAACCCCGAGCUUGAGGGUCAUAUCGAGUGCUUGAAAGACCGCGUCAGCCCCGAGACGGAGCACAUUUUCAACAAAGAAUUCUGGGAAUCCUUGGAUGGGGUUACCAAUGCUCUGGACAACGUAGAGGCGCGAACUUACGUUGAUCGACGAUGUGUCUUCUUCCGUAAACCGCUUCUUGAGAGCGGCACUCUCGGUACUAAAGGAAACACACAAGUGGUCCUCCCCAUGUUAACUGAAUCUUACUCCUCUUCCCAAGACCCGCCCGAGGUGUCGUUCCCUAUGUGCACUUUGAGAAGUUUCCCGAACCGGAUUGAGCACACGAUCGCGUGGGCUCGUGAGCUUUUCGAGACAUCGUUCGUGAAGUCUGCGGAAACAGUCAACCUAUAUCUAUCCCAGCCCAACUAUCUUGAGACAACCCUUAAACAAGGGGGCAACGAGAAGCCUACUCUAGAGACGAUCCGUGACUAUCUUGUAACAGAUAAGCCUCUUAGCUUUGAAGACUGUAUCAUCUGGGCGCGAACGUUGUUCGAGAAGCAGUACAACCACGCAAUCCAACAGCUUCUUUUUAACUUCCCGAAAGACGCCGUGUCCUCUACCGGUACCCCCUUCUGGUCUGGUCCCAAACGUGCUCCGGACCCAUUGAAGUUUGACCCGAAGAAUCCUACUCAUUUUGAAUUUAUCGUCGCAGCUGCCAACCUGCACGCAUUCAACUAUGGCAUCAAGACUAAGGGUGUUGAUAAGGAUCUCUACUUAAAGGUGCUGGAUAACAUGAUCGUUCCCGACUUCUCGCCUGAUCCGGGCGUCAAGAUCCAGGCCAACGAUAACGACCCUGAUCCCAACUCCAACAACGGUUCUUCUUUUGACGAUAACACCGAGAUAGAGAAGCUAGUUGACAGCCUCCCGGCACCCAGCAAAUUGGCUGGAUUCAAGUUGACACCUGUUGAAUUCGAGAAGGAUGAUGACACCAAUCAUCACAUCGAUUUCAUCACGGCAGCAAGCAACUUGCGAGCUGACAACUAUAAGAUCGAGAAGGCCGACAGGCAUAAAACAAAGUUUAUCGCCGGAAAGAUCAUCCCGGCCAUCGCCACCACGACCGCGUUGGUCACGGGUCUUGUCGUCCUAGAGUUGUACAAGAUCAUUGACGGAAAGAAAGACAUCGAACAGUACAAGAACGGAUUCGUCAACCUUGCGUUACCAUUCUUCGGCUUUAGCGAACCUAUCGCCAGCCCCAAGGUGGUGUACAAGGGACCGGAUGGCAAGGUCACGCUAGACAAGAUUUGGGACAGAUUUGAGAUUGAGGAUAUAACUUUGAAGGAACUGCUAGCCGACUUCGAGAAGCGUGGUCUGAACAUUAGCAUGCUGAGCUCAGGAGUAAGCCUGCUUUACGCCAGCUUCUUCCCGCCUCCAAAGUUAAAGGAGCGAUACCCGCUCAAGCUGAGUCAGCUGGUGGAGACUGUUUCGAGAAAGCCAAUCCCGGAACACCAGAAGGAGCUUAUCUUCGAGAUUGUAGCGGAGGACUUGGAUGAGGAAGACGUGGAGGUGCCGUACAUCAAGGUGAAGAUCCGUUGAACGGGGCUGAUUUAUUAGUUGCCUCGUGUAUACCAGGCAUUGUGUAGUAUCCUCUACGCGUUGCAUUUUAUUCAGUUCUACCUUAGGUAGGGAUUAUGAGGAUAGAUGUCUUGUAUGGUAGGGAUUAGCAUGCACGGUUAGUGCAGCAUCUGCUUUCUGCUUUCCGCUUUCCGAGCUUAAUUGCCAAUUCCUGUUGCAAGUGCUCAGAGGAAUUCUAGUUGCAACUAUAGGUACCUAGGUAGACUUUAGUUUUUACCCAAGUUACUUAACUCUAGAUACCUUACCUUACAUGUUGGUCGGUCUAAUACCAAGGUUGACUUAUUAAUCAAAUACCUGUUACUUGUUA